GAGAGUUGUUGAGGGAUAAAAAAAAAUCUGUACACAUUUGGUUAAGUUUAAGAGACAGUUUCAGCUGUGUGGGUUGCAGAGCAGUGGGUGCAUCAUGGAGAGGACUGUGCUGCGAGUCACCCUCUUUGGGCUGUUACUGGUUUUGGCGUACACACUACCAAACAAGGAUGACUGGGACAUUUACAGCUUUCACAUCAACUCCACCGUGACGAGUCGUUAUGCAACCACUGUCAUCUCCAGUCGUGUGGCCAAUCGCAUGGAUGAGCCGAAGGAAAUUGAAUUCCACGUCCGGAUUCCCAAGAAUGCCUUCAUCAGUCGAUUCAAGAUGUUUAUUGAUGGCCAAGUGUAUGAUGGUCUUGUGAAAGCUAAGGAGCAAGCUCAGCAACAGUACACUGAAGCUGUACUUCAAGGCCAAAGUGCUGGAAUUGUAAGUUCUGUAGGAAGGACCAUGGAGGAAUUUAAGACCUCUGUAAAUGUGGCUGCUCACAAAAAGGUCACCUUUGAGCUCACAUAUGAGGAACUGAUGAAACGCACGCAUGGCAAGUACGAGCUGCAAAUCCACGCUCGACCUAUGCAGCCUGUCAAAGACUUCAAGGUUGAUGUGUACAUUCAUGAGAAAGCUGGCAUCAGUUUCAUUGACGUGAAAGGAGGACUAAGCACCGCAGCCAUGGCUAAUGCCAUCACCAAAACACACACAGACAAACAAGCCUGGGUGCAUUUCUAUCCAACUGAGGAGCAGCAGAAAACAUGUGACAGCUGCUCAGAUCAAGGUAUGAACGGAGAUCUGGUCAUUGUUUAUGACGUCAACAGGGGCACCCCAUUCGGAGAAAUCCAGACAUCAGACGGAUACUUUGUACAUCAUUUUGCUCCAUCUAAUCUUCCCAAAAUACCAAAGAAUUUUGUCUUUGUUGCUGAUAAAAGUGGCUCCAUGCAAGGCAGAAAAAUAGAACAGACCCGGACAGCACUGUUGCAUAUUUUGAAAGAUCUGUCAGAAGAUGACUUCUUUGGCCUAAUUUCAUUUGAUAGCAACAUUUUUUACUGGAAACGAGAACUUGUUCAGGCCACCAAAGAAAACAUUGAUAGUGCCAAGGUAUUUGUACAAGGAAUUUAUAGUUCUGGAGCCACAAACAUUAAUGAUGCAGUGUUGCAAGGAGCACGAAUGCUAAAUACACAUCCCAGAGAAGGUUCAGCACCUAUCCUCAUACUUCUCACAGAUGGAGACCCAACCGCAGGGGAGACAAAUCUCAGAAAAAUACAUUCAAAUGUUAAAAAGUCCAUUGCGGGCAAAUUCCCACUCUAUUGUCUUGGUUUCGGUUUCGAUGUCAAUUUUGAGUUCCUUGAGAAAAUGUCGCUGGAAAACAACGGUGUGGCACGAAGGAUUUAUGAAGACUCAGACGCUGAUAUACAGCUUAAGGAUUUCUAUGAGGAAGUAGCCACUCCUCUGUUGAUGGAUGUGGCAAUGACCUACACUGGCGGAACCAAUCUAACCCAGACUAAAUUUAGUCAGUACUAUAAUGGCUCUGAGAUUGUUGUGGCCGGCCAGAUCCUUGACAACAACAUUGAAACCUUUAUUCCACAAGUUGUGGGCAUUUCGAGGAGACAAAACUUGACAUUUUCUGACACAAGGCCCUUCCUGGACUCCACUGAACCAUCUGACAGCAUAAUCCAGAGAGUCUGGGCCUACCUCACAGUCAAACAGCUCCUGGACAAAGAGCUGCAGUUAUCUGGACCGGAGAAAGAGAAAGUGAAGACGCGAGCUUUGGAGCUGUCACUGAAUUACAGCUUUGUGACCCCACUCACAUCUAUGGUGGUCACCAAGCCUCCAGGAGAGAGCACUGAUGUACUCAAUAAACCAAAAGAAGGUGGACCUGCCAUACCUGAGGGAAGGUUCGGUUCGAGGGGGACCACUAGCAGAAGUAGCGGUCGGAUUGCCGGGCAUGGGCACAGAGGCACCCAGCGGCAUUCACAUCGCAUUGGUGGUGGUGGUGGCCACUGGACAUCCCUUAACAGGGGCUUUGGUCGUGCCGGAAUGAUUGUCCCUGCACAUGGAGGAGUUGGUGCUGACUACUCGCUUCCCGUUUCUUACAGCCUUGUAUUUCAUUCAGCACCUAUCGAACCACUCCGCAAGGCCAUGAUUCCAUCAUUUGCUGCUAUCCAUCCUACACAUACGACUGCUGUAGGGCCAGAUCCACUGACCACGGAGUCAUCAGUUGUUGGUCUGUCCGUCCACAGGUUUUUGCUAAAAACUGAGAGUCAGUUGAUUCCACUGUGCUAUGACUUAGAUGGAGAUCUGUCCCUUAAACUGUUUCACUAUCCCAGCAGUGAGCUGUAUGUGAACGGCGAGCUUGAUUCGAUACAAAGUGGGGGCUUUAGAAGGAUUGUCAUCCACUUCAAAAGUGAUCAGCAUGUUGAAGUUAACCCCAAGGGAGUCUCUGUUACUUUGGGACAGACAGUGACAAACCACACUGGACAAGACCCCAUCACAGCUGGAAGUAUGACAGUAAUCAGACGGGACAAGGAAACAGAUGUUACAGCUGGAGACAUGCGCAUGGUCAUCUUGCUUCAUCAGAAGGAUGGAGAAGAAUUCCUUUGGCCAGUUAUAAGACAGCGGCCAUCAGCCAACGACGCCAAAGGAAUUCUAGCUCUAGAGCCUGCAGUUUAUGUGGAGAUACAGCAGGGAUCCGACACAAAACUGAUGUUCAAAGGCCAGGAGUUUGAUGUAAAGAGAACCACGGCUGCUGACUACAGCAUUACUGUGCCCCAGACACUGGACUGCUGGCUCAUGUCUUCUCAGUCUGUCCUGCAGGGAACAACGGAUGAAUUCUUAGUUCAACAGCUUUAAGGGGAAAUUGUUUUGUCCAAGAGUCUCAAGACAACAGAGAACAUAUGUGAACCGGACACAGACAUAAGAAUAAGAGUCAAAAUUAAAAUAAAAUGAAAUAAAAGAAAAAGAAAAUAAUCUUAAAAAAUAGAAUAAGAAUGAGGUAGUAAGUAAGAAUUACAAAAAAAAUAUACAGUCCAAUCUACAGUCCUAUUUAGCUGGAAUAUACAGCAUUUAGGUACAGACAUGAUAUAUAUAGACAUAUUAAAGUGUGUCAGUUCCAGUGUGAUGUUGUAAAAAGUGUCUAUAAAGUGUCUUGUGUGCAGAUGCCAAAGACAGUGCAAUCAGGCCAAGCCAUUAACCAUUAGCCCGCUAACACAGUUGUGUAUUCUGAUGACUGUGGGGAUGAAUGACCUCCUGAAGGCAAAUGAUUAAACAUUAUGGAUGGCUCUUUCCAUUUAUUACAAAGAUGAACAAAUAAAUAAAAAAAUUUUAAAAAAUCACAGAUCUCUAUGUCAGAGUUUGUGAAGAUUAUUUGUUCAAACGUUUUGUUUUUUGUUUUUUAAGAGAAUAUAAAUCAAAACUUUCUGGUGAAAUUUGUUUCCAACACAUCUACGUACCUUCAUAAAUGACUUUGAAUGCA